UGCAUUACUCCAGCAAGGGUGCAAUCCAUCAAAUGGAUCAACAGACUGGGAAAAAAUUGUUGGAAAAUGGACCGUGGAAAUUACCGACGUGGUGGCGGUGGAGGUAACCGUGGUCGUGGCCGAGGCCGUGGCUGUGGUAACUCCGAACAGGAGCAAGGCCAUGGAGGCGGAAGUGGUGGGCCCCAGAUGGGAUCAUACAAUCAGCAGCCACCAUUUCAGCCUCCACAGCUCAACCAGCCAAGGGCAUCUGGUCCGGGUCAAUAUCAGGGUCGUGGGGCUCCUUAUAAUCAGCAGGAUACGGGUCAGCACCAUACAGUUGGUCAGAAUUCGGGUCGUGGUGGUACUACUUGGGUCAGCCGUGGUGGCAGUGGUACUGCUUGGCCCCGGCCACCACCGCAGCAGCAGCCACAGCAACAUGGUAGUAGUGGCGGUGGUACUGCUUGGGCGCGACCACCACCGCAUCAGAGACAACAAGAUUUUAGUAGCGGCAGUGGUACUGCUUGGGUCCGGGCACCGCCACAGCAUCCUCAGCAACGUGGUGCUGGUGGCGGCUCUAGAAACCAGCUGCAACGGGAUGUGGAACCGAGUAGAUCAGGAGCAUCAAAUGUUCGUCCUUGGGGUGCACCUUCAGGCUCUAGUCGUUCUCAGUCUUCUGGUCCAAUCCAUCAAAUGGAUCGACAGCCUGGGAAAAGAAUGGUAGUAUAUAUUAUGUUUGUUGAUCAUUCAGGACCAUUUUCUUUUUCGGCAGUUGAAAGCCAAAAUCAGGACUAUUCUCACUUUGUAUCGCUUCCAUUAGCCAUAUAUCCUGAACUGGUCAACAAACUCAUCAACUUUCAGAACUCAGUUCUUGGAAUUACUGAAGUGUCUAAGUCCCCUAUCUCAGAAUCAAAGGCUUCAGAACUAUUAGAGUUGGGAAUUGAGAAGUCCAUCUUUAUUAAUCCAAAAACAUUCCACUUGACUGUGCUCAUGCUGAAGCUUUGGAAUAAGGACCGUUUUGAAGCAGCUGCUCACGUUUUGCGGAGUGUCUCACCAAAAGUACUUGAUGCUUUGGAGAGCCGACCAGUGUCUAUAAGACUGAAGGGCUUGGAGUGCAUGAGAGGUUCUCCGGCAAAAGCUUAUGUUGUAUAUGCUCCUGUGGAAGUAAUUGGUGGUGAAGCCCGACUUUUACGUGCUUGUCAGGUCAUCAUUGAUGCAUUUACUGAAGCUGGUCUUGUUCUUGAAAAAGAUGCAAACCGGAAGUUAAAGUUACAUGCAACUAUAAUGAAUGCGCGACACAGCAGAAGGUUGCCACCGACUUACUGUUCUCUAAUUGGUAGCAAAAAUAGAUCAGGAAAUGCUGAUUCCUUUGAUGCACGAGCAAUUUUUGGUCAGUAUGGCUCGGAAGAAUGGGGAGAGUGUCUUAUCCGUGAAGCUCAUCUUUCACAAAGGUUUGUGUAUGGUGCCAAUGGCUAUUACCAUUGCUGUGAAUCCAUCCCAUUUCCUGGAGGGAUGUAGCCAUGUAGGGUGUGUUUGGUACGAAGAAAAACAUCUUCAAGAAAAUGUUUCCUAUGGGAAAAUGAGUGAGUUUCUCUCAUAUUUUCUAGUGUUUGGUAAGCAAACAUGUGAAUAUGUCAUGUAUAGUAGUUGGUGAAAACAUUUUAUGAUUUCUCGUUAGUCUGUACAUAUUUGGACGCUAUUUUAGUAACAACUUUAAUUGUUACUAAAAUUUUUUUGUAUUAUUAAAUUCGUUGGUAUGUAAUAACGAAAAGACCUAUUUUAUGUAACGACUCAUUUGGUGUGAUUCGAUUGUUACGUCCUUUUUUCCCC